AUGGCCGCAAGCACUCGUCCAAAGGCGAACGUGGCCGAAUUAUUGGAACUCGCCAACGAGAUCAGGGACAAGGCAACACUUGGAGUGUUCGAUUUGGAUAAGAUCGAUGAGGUCUCAUCAAACAACCAAUACCUCAAAUGCAUGCUCCAGUCUGUAACCUACACUGACACCAGAAUAUUGAUCAAACACUUCUAUGAUGGCUGUGAUGAUGGAAUGGGUCAGAAAGAAGAGUAUCACAUCCAAGGAUCAUUCAUCAAUGUUCAUGGCAAGAUCAUCGAGUUCAAGUUCUUUGCAAUUGGUGUCGUGCAAGGUGGUCACAGCGAUGGCUACUACCACAACGAGAACAGUCGUCUUGUUGUUGGAGAGUACAAACACAUGAUAAAGAAUUAUGUCGAAAAGAUCGGCAUGUUGAAGGCGACAUUGUUCAAGAUCAUCAAUGAUGUCGACCAUUCAGACAAGGCACAACAAGACAAUGCACGACUCUCAGAUGCGGACAUCAAGCAGUUCUUCAAGAUGAUCCUGCCAUCCACCUUCUGGGAGAGUCCUUACUUCAACUUGAAUGAUGAUUGGGAUACCCAGGAUCAUGACGAUGAUGAUGAACAGAUGAACGAUAGCGAUGAAGAGUGA